GUUCAAGAAGAUCUUCAAACGCUUAAAGUCAAAGUGAAAAACGUCAGCUUGAAGGGAAAUGUAAAAGCCGUGGAUAUUAGCCACCUGGAAGCAGCAACUGAAAGAACUGAACUUGGGCUGACAAAACAUGCUGAAAAUCAUUUAAAUGCUAUAAACAGACAAGUGUUAACUAUUUCUUCUACUGAUAAUGAAGGAGGACAUUCAAAAGAGCCCCCUAAAUGGGGGCUUCAUUUUGAUCCUUCUCAGAAACAGCUUAUUUUACCACGAGUACCUGUUGAGCCCGUGACUGUCCAGGCAUACAGCAAAUCAGCACUACGCAUUUCUCAAAGUUCACAGCAGCAAGUGGAAAUGGAUAUGAAAAUAAUGCUUGACCCAGAGAACAUCGAUAAUAGAGCUAUUUUAAAACAACAGAACUGUGAAACCAGGCUGCCACUUAUAACUAAGAAAAAAUCUGCUCCUGUAGGGGUGCAGCUGAAGCUGCUGAAGCUGUUUCCGUACAUAUCAGCAUUCCUUGACAAAACUCGGUGCCUGAUUGUGAUGCUAUGGGCUGCUGGUUUACAGCUGUCUCCGGACAAGAAUGGAGGCCCACCCCUGAAUUCCAAUGAGUUCGUCCUGCAUAUUCUGCCUUGUAUGUGUAGUCAGAAGACAGUGAAAAGUCAUACAGUUAGCAGCCUUUGGCGUUUGCCUGCGCAUCACCACAUGGAUUCUCCCUUACCCCUGUUAGAAGAAGAUAUAAGGAAAGGUAUUCUGAGCCUAAGUGAACAAAGGCUUAUCCCUCCAGCAGCAAAGAUAACUCUCCAGACACAUCCUGUUGUAUCCAAAGCAGCAUCUUUCCAUGAAUUUCACAGGCAGCACAAGAAGUCAUCUGGAGGUGAUAGUAGGGUGGACCCUGAGAAUACAGAUACCAUCACCUUCCCAAAGUCAAAGGAAGCAGUUUAUGGCAAAUAUUCCUCUAGUAAAGGUAACAUUGCACCACUUCCAUCCAGCAGCCCUGUGGUUUCAGCAAGGAAAUCAAAGCCAGCAUGGACGUAUCCAGCUCAACAGGUAGAAUCUGAGCUGCAGAUUGCUUCUCAGACACAGCCCCUGCAAAUCUCUCCGUGUCAGUCCUUACAGGAUCCAGGCUUUGAUUACGACAUUGCUGUUUACUGUGGCGUGAUAGACCAGAAAGCUCCAGGCUUUCUGGAGUUUAAGCAACGAUAUUGUUUAUCUUGGAGGAGCAUUGUCUUUUUUUUGAGACAUACAGAAAAGCUUCUCAAGGACUAUGCUGUACCGUUGGCUACAAUAAACUGUAAAAAAUUGGUGGAAGUUGCAUCAGACUUUGAGCUUAAUGAGCAUCCCACCAAAAGUGACAUUCUGUCAGUGAUAAAGAAUCAAUCAACUGUGGAAAAGAUCUUAAAUCGACCUGGCCAAAGAUACAAAGGCCAAGGGGGUACCAAAAUGGCGGCUACAAAGAUCCAAGCAGCAUGGCGAUGUUAUCAGGCCAGAAAAGCGUACGUCCGUUUCAGGCAGCAGCAGUGGGCAUCAGGUGUGAUCGCCAUUUCUUGGCUCUUGCAUAAUCACAUGGCACGUGCGAAAAAGACCCUGAAGGAAUCACGUCAGAGACACCUGGAGAAUUUUUACACCAGGGCCAAGCAUCUGGCAGCCAACUGGAAUCGCAUCAGGACCUCCAGGAGGACUAUUAUCCAUAUCCCAUCAUUAGGAUAUUCCCAAUGCAUCCGUGAGCACAUUCCUGAUCUCGCUCUCCAACAGAAUAUGCAGAUGGGAAGGCUAUGUGAUAUACUGGAUGCCAACGUGGACGUCAUCUACAUCUGCCCCCUUCAUCUGAGUGAGGAGUUACUGCAGUAUUACAAUAAACUCCUGGGUCUGCAGGCAGCUGUUAGAUCUGGGAACCCUGAGGACAUGGGUGACCUGCAGGACAGGUUCAAAAUUCUCACCCCUGAAGCUAUAAACAGCUUCCCUAAGCAUCACAUGUGCCUAGCCACUCAGCUGAAGUACAGUCCCAAGACAAUCAAAAGAAUAAAAAUUCUUAUCCAGAGCAGAGAUGCCUACAUUAUUGGAGGGGUACCGCACAAAGAUGAUUUAGCAGUGGCUGACAUGCUAAAUGUGCCUAUAUUAGGCUCGGUGCCAGAAGUGGCUCAUCUCUACAGUACCAAGUCUGGAAGUAAACGAAUUUUUGCCAGUGCUUGUGUGCCAACCCCUCCUGGAGAAUCUGACAUCUACAACAAUGAACAGAUGAUUAGUGUUCUCAGCCAGCUGAUCGUUGACAAUAUGGAAGUGCGGCGUUGGUUGUUUAAAGUGAACGAUGAAUCUGGAGGAAAUGGCACUGCCUAUUGUGAUAUUAUUUUGCAUUUGAAAUGCUACCACUGGGUUCAAAAGGAACGUCAGACAUACAGCCCUGAGAUAUGGAGUAAGAAGUGGGCACACGAGCCAGCUUUGGUGAAGAUCUCCCAGGAGCUGCCGGGCCUUUUAGCACAGCACGUACAGCCAGUCAAUGAGAAACGAUUCCCUACAUGGGAAAAAUUCCUCCAAACAUUUCUUAGUCAAGGUGGUGUGAUAGAAGCCUUCCCACUGUCAGAAAACGUCACAAACCUUACGGUGGAUAUGCUGAUAGAGCCAACAGGCAAGAUAAAAAUAGUGUCAUCUGGAGACCAGCUCCAUGCUGAUGGUCCUUUGCGAUCAUCUGGCACUACCAUUCCACAACGUUCUGUUGAUCCAGCAGUUCUUAAUUCACUCUGCUUAAAAAUUGGAGAAACCUGUAAAUCUGAAGGAGUGCUUGGUUACUUCUCAGUUGACUUUGUGACUUUCAUCCAUCCACAAACGAUGGAGCAGCAGGUAUGGGCAACAGACCUUGACCUUUGCUAUAGUGACCAGCUGGCCUUGACUCAGCUCAUGUUGUACGUGACAGAUGGAAAUCUGGACUGUCACUCUAGCUGCUUUGAAGUAUCUCUUGGUUCAAAGAAAAUGAAAAGCCAAUGUAUUCAGCAUGAGGAGACAAAAACUCCUUCUCCAAUAAGCAACCGGUGUGCAGUAGCAAGCAGCCAACUGAGGCACUCAGGCCUUUCAGUAAUCUACUACCAUGUUCUCCUCCAGAUGUGUAAAGUUCACGGUGUUGGAUUUGACCUCCAGGAAAAACAGGGAACAGUUUUUAUAUUGUAUGAAGAUCAGAAGCGAUACAGAUUGGGAAUGAUAACAAUCGGAGAGGAUCUCCAGGGGGUCCUCAUGACCUUUGCUCGCAAUCUCUUCAUCAUCCAUCAAGAAAUAUCAGCACCUAAUAUGCAAGGCGAGACCAAUUUUAAGAUGGCAAUUCAAGAUAUUGAAGCAAUUCUAGGAAUUACAGCAGAAAACAAACUGAAAUUGGAAGCAGAGCAACCUUCAAAAGCAGAUGCUCUGAAAGAAUAGUUAACAGAAAAUGUUUAAGUGCCUUAUUCUUUAUGCUUCUGGAAAUGCUUUCUCAUCUGUAACAACAGGUUUGGUUUUCCUUCUGCAUUGGCAUGUGAAGUAAUAUUAACUGAGACUGUACAUUUCCAUGGUUUCCGAGUGCAGCAUUUAGAAUAUCCCUUCUUUCGCAAAAAUCAACUGUUGAAAAGCAG